UAGUUGUUCGUCAUGGUACGGGAGUAGAUAACUUUCAAGCUUCCUCCUCCUGCUUCUCACGUUUUGAAUUCAUACCUCACGUCACCUCAUCAAUCACGAUCCAAUUCCCAAUCACGCGUACUCCCCAAUCCGCCCUGAUGGACCCCGCCCUCUCCCCCGCCGGCCGCCGAGCCGCCGCCAUCGCCCGGCACCUCGCCGGCGUCCUCCCAUAUCCGCCCCUCGCCGUCUCCGCGCUGGAGCCCUCCCCGUGCCUGAGCUACGCGCCGCCGGAAUCGAACGAGCCCCCGCCGGCGUUCCCGCCCGCGGAGCUCCGCGCGCUCCUCGACGGGCACCACCUCAGGGAGCGCGACUGGGUGUUCCGCGCCAUGGAGGAGAGCCCGCUGUUCUGCCCCCGGAGCCGCGGCGGAGGGAGGGUGUUCGUGUCGCCGGACUACAACGAGGGGAAGGAGGCACAGCGGGAGGCCACGAUGAGACGGGUCGGGUACCUGGCGCGCAAGGGCGUGUUCCAUGGGUGGCUCACCGAGCCCGGGGCCGACGCCGAGCUCCGCAAGCUCGCGCUGCUCGAGUGCCUCGGCGUCUACGACCACUCCCUCGCCAUCAAGAUCGGCGUCCACUUCUUCCUCUGGGGCAGCGCUAUCAAGUUUCUUGGAACGAAGCGCCACCAUGACAAGUGGUUGUUUGACACGGAAAAUUAUGUUAUCAAGGGUUGUUUUGCCAUGACAGAACUAGGUCAUGGGAGCAAUGUGCGAGGAAUUGAGACAAUAGCAACUUAUGAUUCAAAAACAAGAGAGUUUAUCAUAAAUACUCCAUGUGAAUCAGCUCAGAAGUACUGGAUUGGUGGAGCUGCUAACCAUGCUACACAUACAAUAGUGUUUGCUCAGCUCCAUAUAAAUGGGAGAAAUGAAGGAGUCCACGCUUUUGUAGCUCAAAUUAGGGAUGAAUAUGGAAAUGUGUUGCCUAAUGUCCACAUAGCUGACUGUGGCCAUAAGAUUGGAUUAAAUGGUGUUGAUAAUGGGCGGAUCUGGUUUCAAAAUAUACGUGUUCCUCGUGAGAACUUGCUGAAUUUGGUUGCUGACGUUUUGCCAGAUGGACAAUAUGUUAGCAUGAUAGAUGAUCCAGAUCAGAGGUUUGCAGCUUUUCUGUCUCCACUUACACUUGGUCGAGUAAACAUUGCAGUUAACUCUAUCUACAUGUCAAAGGUAGGCCUAGCGAUUGCUGUGAGAUACAGUUUGUCAAGGAGGGCCUUUUCAAUUGCACCAGAUGGUCCUGAAAUGCUGUUACUUGAUUAUCCUAGCCACCAGCGACGCCUUCUACCACUGCUAGCAAAAGUAUGUCUUAUGAGCAGUGCUGGUAAUUUUAUGAAAAAGAUGUAUGUGAAGAGGACUCCAGAAAUGAGCAAAGCCAUACAUAUUUACUCUAGUGCUCUGAAAGCUACACUAACUUGGCAGAAUAUGACUACCCUUCAGGAGUGUCGUGAGGCCUGUGGUGGGCAAGGUUUGAAGACAGAGAACCGUGUAGGAAUCUUCAAAGCUGAAUUUGAUGUCCAGUCUACAUUUGAGGGUGAUAAUAAUGUUCUAAUGCAGCAGGUAAGCAAAGCACUUUAUGCUGAAUUUUUGGCUGCACAAAAGAAGAAGAAGCCAUUCAAGGGAUUGGGAUUGGAACACUUGAAUGGUCCAAGCCCUGUUAUUCCUGAUAACCUGACAAAUAGCAUAUUAAGGAGCUCCAAGUUCCAGAUGGACUUGUUCUGCUUAAGGGAGCGAAAUUUACUAAAGCUGUUUGCUGAGGAGGUUUCUCACCAUCUGGCGCAAGGAGAAAGCAGAGAAAAGGCUUUGAUGCUGAGCUACCAACUCGCUGAAGACUUAGCUAGAGCAUUUACUGAGCAUACCAUCCUCCAAAUAUUUUUGGAGGACGAGAUGAAUGUUCCUGCUGGUUCCCUAAAGGAGGUGUUGGGCUUGCUGAGGUCUCUGUAUGUCAUGGUCAGCAUAGAUGAAUCUGCAUCUUUUCUAAGAUACGGGUAUUUGUCGCGUGACAAUGUAACCAGUGUGCGGAAAGAAGUCAUGAAACUGUGCAGUGAAUUGAGGCCCCACGCACUUGCUGUUGUCAGUUCUUUCGGGAUUCCAGAUGCCUUCCUCAGUCCACUUGCUUUCGAUUGGAUUGAGGCUAAUGCGCUGUCUUCUGGGAGUCACUGAUUUCAAUCUUCCAUAUAACAGCCAGGUUGCCUUCCGUAUAACAACCUGGUUGUCCAGUAAAAGUACCGAAGAUGGACGGCUGAACGUAGUACAACAAGUGCCUUGCUGUUUCCUGUAGUUCACGCAGUUUAAAAUAAUUGUUGUGAAGUGCAUAGUUGGAGAAGCUGAUGCUGAUCCAAGCUGCAAAAGGGGAGUUCUUGUAAUCUGUUCUUUGCUGGCUUACUUGAAUAACCGGAUGUAGCCUUUCGUGCGUAUAAUGUGGUUCACAAAGUAAAUAAAUUACAGAGUGCUGUAACUGAACAGUAAACAAAAUAAGUCUGUGGUGCUGCCUUCAGGAUGCUCAAAA